AUGCGCCGCCUCAUGAAGGAUUCAUUUACCAGCAGUAAUAAGCAAGACGAGGUAUCCGAGGUCUCCGGUUCGGGUUCUGUGCCGGACUCGAUUUCAAAUUUGGAUUUGGGCAUGUCGGAAGAUCUGAUUAGCACAGUGGAUCAGUUUCUGCGGGAAGCUAUACAGAAUCCUCGGGAGCGCUUAUCUGUGCUAAGAAUGGAGCAGGAUGUGGAGAAGUUCAUUCAGGAUCCUACUAGCGAACAGAUGGAGUUUCAACAGCUUCCUACUUCUUACCUGCGCCUGGCUGCACAUCGUGUGGCACAGCACUACUCUUUGCAAUCCAUGGUUUUAUUGGAUAAUAACCUGCCCGAUGGGUCUGGUUCUCGGAUAAUUGUUCGAAAGUCGUCAAACAUUCGGAUUCCUAUGGUUCGUCUUGCCGACAUUCCUGUUAAUUUACCUACUGAAGAGAAUAGUGCUGUAAAGCUUGCAAUCAAGCAGAGGCCCCAAAAGGCGUCUCACAGUUAUAGAAAUUCAAAUGCAAAACCUGCAAAAUCAAACAGUUCCAAAAGUGUGGAGGAAAGGACGGCGGAAUACAAUAGGGCUCGAGCAAGGAUUUUCAGUUCCAACAGUUCUACUGGGAGUACCAGUGGGAAAUCUGUAAGUGAUCCUAGGAAUCAGGAUAGUGUUCGGCAAGGUUCAUUAGGAAUAACAAAGGCAGAAGAGAGAAUAUCUCCAAGUGGUGGAUCUACUGUUGUCAUAGGAAGAAGUUUCUCUGAUUCUGCUACAUCUAGCACUAAGUUAUCUAGAAGUAGGAUAGAUAUGGAGCCUGUUACUAGACCGAAGACAAAUAGUAGGGUCGCUAUCUUUCGGGAUCGUGAAGUUGAUCGUAAAGAUCCUGACUACGACAUAAACUAUGACAGAUACAUGCAGAGGUUUGAUCCUGGCUUCGGAUUUAGUGGAGGUGUAUACCCUAUUCAGCCCAUGUAUGCACCUGCAAUAAACUACAACACUGAAUUCCCACAGCUUGGAUCAAGUCAUAGGCCGCCUAUUUCCUCAGAACACCAACCUCGGCCUCUUCCUCAACAUCUGCCUGGACCAUGGGUUGCUCCCUCCUCUCCUGGUGGUAUUGGUUAUGGUCCAACUGAAGCCAUGUCUCCAUUUAAUACUGGUCAUGGUGGUCCACACUCAAACUUCAGUCUCUACAUCCACUCUGCUCAGUUUCUUUGUCAAACAACCGGAUUACCAUUUAUACCUACUUUUGAACCAAUCCACCAACCCUUUUCACAGCAGCAACCUGAUGCAAGUUUUGGACUAGCCCGGGCCAGAUGA